AUGGCGCUCCUGGAGGUGUGCGGAGUCCCCCGAGGGCAGCACGAAGACUGGGCUCUCCCCGGCUCGGGAACCAGGCACUGCUCAGACCCAGGACACUAUAGUUUCUCAAUGCGAUCGCCGGAGCUCGCCCUCCCCCGGGGAAUGCAGCCCACUGAAUUCUUCCGGUCCCUGGAUGGGGACAGAGAAAAGAACAUUCAGAUUGAGAUGGCCCAUGGCACCACCACAUUGGCCUUCAAGUUCCAGCAUGGAGUGAUUGUGGCGGUGGAUUCCCGGGCCACUUCUGGGAGUUACAUUGCCACCUUGCGGGUGAACAAGGUGAUUGAGAUUAACCCAUACCUACUUGGCACCAUGUCUGGCUGUGCGGCUGACUGUCAGUACUGGGAGCGUCUGUUGGCCAAGGAGUGCAGGCUGUACUACCUGCGGAAUGGGAAGCGCAUCUCAGUGUCAGCGGCCUCCAAACUGCUUUCUAACAUGACAUGCCAGUACCGAGGCAUGGGCCUCUCCAUGGGCUGCAUGAUCUGUGGCUGGGACAAGAAGGGUCCUGGACUUUACUAUGUGGAUGGAAAUGGGACUCGGCUCUCAGGAAAUAUGUUCUCCACUGGUAGUGGAAAUGUUUAUGCCUACGGGGUCAUGGACAGUGGCUAUCGGCCUAAUCUUAGUGUUGAAGAGGCCUAUGACCUUGGCCGCAGGGCUAUUGUUCAUGCCACUCACCGUGACAGCUAUUCUGGAGGAGUUGUCAAUAUAUACCACAUGAAGGAAGAUGGUUGGGUAAAAGUGGAAAGUACAGAUGUCAGUGAUCUGAUGUACCAGUACUGGGAGACCAAUCAGUAA